AUGAAUCUACCUGAGAAAUUACUAGAGCUCCUGGCCUCUGAAUCGCCGCUCGACUCAUUACAGCUUGCAGAAUCGUUAAAACUUGACCACCAGGUUGUUGUUGGUGCCAUUAAAAGUCUAGAGCAGUCUGAUGGCUUAGUGAAAGCUGAACCUGUUGUACAAACGCACUUUACGCUUACAGAUGAGGGAAAGUACGUACUUGAGCAUGGCAGUCACGAGUUUGUUGUUUAUGCUGCAGUACCUGAUGAGGGUAUCCCUAUGCCUGAGUUGAUGAAAGUGUCGAAAUAUGCAAAGGUUGGGGUAAGCAAGGCGCUGGCCGCUAAGUGGAUUUCUGUAUCAAAGAACGAUGCGAAUGUUCAACUUGUCAAAAAAUUGGGUCAGCCAUCUGGCGACGAUAUCCAAGCGUGCCUUGCAAAACUUCAGGACUGUAGUAUAAGCGAAAAGAAUGACCUCAAAAAACGCAAACUUGUUGUAGAAAAAAAACUCACGGCGUAUACCCUGGAACGUGGGCCGCACUUCACAACGCACCGUGCCAAAGAAGAAACUGAUUUGACAGCGGAUAUGAUUUCAACUGGUUCAUGGCAAGAGUACAAGUUCAAAAAGUACAACUUCAAAGCUCUUGGCGCCCCACCAGAAGGAGGCCACUUGCAUCCGUUGCUGCGUGUUCGUUCCGAGUUCCGUCGGAUAUUGAUGGAUAUGGGUUUUUCAGAAAUGCCGACUAAUAACUACGUUGAGUGUAGCUUCUGGAACUUUGAUAGUCUCUUCCAACCGCAGCAACAUCCCGCUCGUGACGCUCAUGACACCUUCUUUUUAUCGGACCCUGCUACAACCGAUCUAAGGGCUCAUUAUCCCAUUGAGUACAUCGAAAAGGUAAAGACGACGCAUGAAACUGGUGGAUUCGGUUCGGCGGGCUACGGCUAUAAAUGGCAACUUUCAGAGGCCUCUAAAAACGUCCUACGUACUCACACCACUGCUGUCAGUGCCCGCAUGCUCUACAAACUCGCUCAGCAGGAAAAAUUCACGCCCCAACGGUACUUCAGUAUUGAUCGUGUGUUUCGAAACGAAACACUUGAUGCAACCCACCUGGCUGAGUUUCAUCAGGUAGAAGGUGUCGUGGCAGACUAUGGGCUGUGUUUGGGUAAUCUCAAGGCCGUCAUCCGUGCUUUCUUUAAUCGCCUCGGUCUCACACAACUGCGUUUCAAGCCUGCUUAUAAUCCCUACACCGAGCCCAGUAUGGAAAUCUUCAGCUUCCAUCCUGGUUUAGGCAAGUGGGUUGAAGUUGGCAACUCAGGUAUCUUUCGUCCGGAAAUGCUCCGCCCAAUGGGUCUUCCAGGGGGGGUCCGUGUCAUCGCUUGGGGUCUCUCUCUCGAACGGCCGACAAUGAUCCGAUACGGCUACACAAACAUUCGUGACCUCAUGGGCCCCAAGAUUGAUCUCCGCAUGGUCUACGACAGCCCACUGUGUCGGCUCGACAAAUUUUAA